GCGGCCGACCGCCGAGUCAGUGCACCAACAGCUAACGGGUCGGUCGUUGUUGUCUCGCAAUCGUUCCGUUCACACUAUUAUUAGUACUGUAAUCAUAAUAUAAUAUUUGAAAUUAUCAUCGUGAAUUUUUAUAACGUAUUUUUUUUCUAUACUUAAUAUUGUUGUUUUCGAACGUUUUACGUUUAUUGAACAUCUUAUUGUUUCGUUGACGGGUUUUACAGUUGGUUUUUAAUACAUACAUAUAUAUAAGUUCGGUGUAUCGUGUUCGCGUGUAUCGCCCCGAACGACUAACGGACUUAACACCACUGUUGCAGUUUUCGUCAGUUUGAUAUUCAAUACCAAAGUGUGUCUGAUGCUUGUGGUGUCGCCACUAUGAAGCACGACAGUCAACACCCGGAACUCAUAACGGGCGGAAAGGUGAAACCGUUCAAAAAGAGCAUCAGCUUGGGAUCCCUAGGUCUGGGCAAGAUAUGGCGAAGGAGAUCCGUGACCAUCACCGAAUACGAUCCUUGCUACAAGGUCGUCUAUCUGGGAAACGUGCUGACCGGCAUAGCGAAAGGUGAAACGUGCGUGGAGAAACCGCUGUGCAGUCUGUGGAAGAAUUACACGUGCAACCAGAAACCGGACGUGCACAUGAAACUCACCAUCACGCAGUCGGGUCUGAAGGCGUUCACCAAAGAGCACGGACUCACCGAAUACUGGAGCCACCGCAUCACCUAUUGUCUGGCGUCACCGCAGUUUCCCCGCAUAUUCUGCUGGGUGUACCGGCACGAAGGACGCAAACUCAAACAGGAACUCCGGUGUCACGCGGUGGUGUGCUCCAAAGAGUCGGUGGCCAAGCAGAUCGCGAGCCAGCUGCAGUGCAGGCUGGCGCAAGCGCUGAACGAGUUCAAGCGCGAUAAGAUCAGCAGGCAAAACGCCCGGCUGUCGCUGGCCAACAGCGUCUACGAGAACCCGUCGCUGCCUCGGCGCAAGAUACUGCUGUCGACGGGGUCGCACAACUACAGGCCUCCGUUGGAACGGUCCAAAUCGGCACCCCGGUUGAUGGCCAUCGAGGAGAGCCUGGAAGAGGACGAGGAACCCGCCGAAUCGCCGUUCCGGAGGUGCCGGGCUGAGAAUCGUCUGCGGACGGGCACGCUCCGCAACCGACUGGGCGGCCUGCAAGGUCUCAAGGAGUCGGCGACGGCGGAAAUCGAGAGCAGGCUGGCCGUCAGUCAGUUGACUGAAGACGAACCGACCGCCGAAAAGGUGGCAGAGGAAUCGACACCCACCGCCCCCGCCGUCGUCGAUGACUGUCGCCCGGCCGAGUUACCCUCGUACCGGGACAUCGUGGACAACCAGGACAACCUGCUCGGAUGCGGCGAGCUGCCCAAGUACAACGAGGUGGUGGUGGACUGCCCGCAGGGACCGGACGACGUGUGUUAUAAGUACAAUAGUUUGGUGCGGGACCGGAAGAAACUGUUCGAGGGCAUAAGCGGCGACGUAAAGCGUCAGGACGAGCGAUUCAAACGGUUGAGCUCGGCCCCGGAGAUACUCAGCUCGUACCAAAACUUAGUGAAGAACAGGAAAAUGUUGUUCGAGGGCUGCCAAGACUAUUGCGACGAGGAAGAAGAGGACUGUUGCGACGAGGACAAAGACUGCGGUUACCCGGACGACGAGUCCACGCCCAGCCUGCAGAGCAUAUCCAGCGGCGGGUCGGACGUGUCCAGCAUAAAGAAGAUAGCACCGGACCUGGACUCGCUGUCCGAGGAGGACAGCGACGAAAGUGGUUAUGUAGAGGCGCCGCCGUGUUCGUGUCCCGACGACAAGCAACAAAAGGACGUCCCUCACCGGCGCGUCGCCAACAACCGCAACCUCACCAGCCGGAAACCGCAUUGCGUCAGCGUAUGAGGACUGCGUGAGAAGACGCUCUCGCGGGCAGUCUUCAAACGGACAGGUGUACCACCGAUACCAUGAUAAUUAUGAUAAAUAUUAUUGUUGUAGUGGCUUUAAACGGACAGGGUCGCGGGUGUUUGUUGGCCGACGGUGAUCGAAAUCGUUGCGCCAAAAACUUACGGGGCGCGUAUAUGUUUAAGAAAUCCCCCCGAAAAAUAAUAAGAUGUAUAACAAAUUUUUAAAAAAAAAAUUCUGUCUUAACUUAAGCUUAUGUAAAACUUGGCGCGUGCUACCCGAACAUCACUUGACUAGCGAACAAAAAAACCAUUUUUAUUUAUUUUUUGUCGUUUAAAAAUUAAUCAUUGAUUAUCAUUUAUACAAUAUAUGUACAAAACUAGAUACCAGUUUUUCGAUACUGAUAUAUUAUUAAUAUCUCCACCAAAAUAAUUAUAUGUUAUAUUAUGAUAUUUAUCAACGCGUACGAUUUUAGGUAGGUAUUUUGUGUUUUUUUUUUUUUUACAAUUGUCAACGCUUAACAUUCGCAUCAACGUACACAUACAUAUUAUUAUUUUUAUCAUUAUUAUUAUUAUUAUUAUUAUUUGAUUGAUAUAUGUACAUAGUAAAUAUGUAAAUAUUAUAAAUCGACCUAGUCAAGCAAUCGUAUUAUUAGAGAUUAGUAUUUAAUAUAAUAUAAUAUUUAUAUGUAUAAGUAGAAUAUUAUUAUCUAAAAUGAUAGCAAAUCAAACGUUUAGACAACUUUUUAGCACUUAGAAAAAAAAACAACAAAUGCGGUCUACUUAAUCGAUUAUUGCGUUUCCUAUUUAUUUAUUUUUAAAAAUUAAAACGAUUCUACAUAAUAUUAUUCUCUCUUUUCUUUCUCCCUCUAUCGCUCUGAUAACUUAAAAAGGAACAAAAUAAUGCUAGCUUUAUAGCGUUUAUGCGAAAUUCUAGGUAGACGCUCGUGCUACCGAUGCGAUUUUGCAGUUUGCAGUUUGCAAUUUUUUUUUCUCUUCAAUUUUCCUAUUCUUUUGUUAUGGUCCCGGAAGGCCGGAAACCGCAUAAUUCACAAAACAGAAUCAUCACAAUCGUGUAACGUGUGUAUCGCAUGUACAAUCACAUCGUGCAACAAUAAAACAUGAUCACGUUUGUCAUUCGUUUGCACAUACGCAUUUCAUUUACAUUGCAUAUUAUUGCAUUGAGCCCGACGUUCCUCCUAAAAUGCAUUCUGACAAAUAAGAAUUUUUAGAAAAAAAAAAUAA